AUGUCGUGUGUUUUACAUUUUGUAGGGUGUGAAGAUUCCGACAAAAAUUGUCCGACCUGGGUCGCAAAUGGCGGUGACUGUGUCGGAACUUCCCUCAGCGUCACCUGUAAAUUUAGUUGUGAUAAUUGUCACGUUGAAGACUGUGGUGACUACCACGCCUCGUGUGCCACCUGGGCAGCCACUGGGGAGUGUAUCGCUAACCCAGGUUACAUGCUUGUCGCCUGCCUCGUUAGCUGUGGUGUCUGUACGGAGCUCACAACACAGCAACAAAUGACAUCACUGUCAACAACAAUGACGCCAUCCAAAACAAAGACAGCCUCAUUACAGACAACAACAGCAACAGCAAUGGUGACGAAUCAUCCGGCAGCAAGGAAGACGACUGCACUGCCAGCGACGAAAUCAUUAACGACAAUGUCAUCACAAGCGCCAUCGACAACUGCUGACAACGUUACAUUGACGUCAGUUUCGACAGUUUCUCAAAACAGCAAUAACACCACAAUGGAGUCAACCUGUCGUUGCUUGUGUGUUACAUCACCCGUGUUUGCAUUUAAUAACUCAGAUCCUGAAAUCCUAGAGGCGCAAGUGAGGUCAGCAAUGGAGGGCAUAACAGCAGAGCUGAAAGUUACUGAAACGUCGCUUUCGUCGAAGAUAAGGACCCGGAUGUGCGCCACUGAUGACAGGCCAUCAUCGGCGACCAUUGGCUGGAUCGGGGCUGUACUAAUUGGAUUUGUUUUUGGUUCUCUCUUGUUCACAGAUGCUGUGAAAUGUAUCAGCUGCAUGUGUAAAUUAGCACAUAAACACAAUUCAGUAUUAAUAGAAAUUUAAAUUAAUGCAUGUUGUCUGCUCGUGUUUAACAAAUACAAUACGAUGUUUUCAGUUUUUCCUAGUUUACAUUCUUUGAUUUCCAAAACAUGUUCAAUAUGUCACAUACUACUUUACUUUUUAUCAUUCUCUAAUUGUCUGGCUACAUUUCCUUUUCAAAGUGAAUUGGUUUAUGAAAAAUAUGCUAUACAUUUGUAUAUGUUUCUGCAACCAUGAUAAUAGAGAAAAUUGCCUUGUUUUUCCUUUCGAAGAUGUCAAUCAUCUUUGGAGAGUCAAGGCAAAUCACCAUUCGGAAUAAUUGUCGUAUUUUAUGUAUAUCCUUCCGGAUUUCCCUUUGCAUCCCUAAUGAAUUAUAGAAGGACAUUCGAUAUAUACUGCAUCUUUUAUUCAAUUUCUAAUUAAACGCAUUACUCAUUGUGAUGUCAUUGUGAAAUUAAUACAAAUGCAACUUCACCCUGAACAUAUGGAAGAUCUGUACUUGUUUCAAAAGACACUUUGGGAAAAAAAGCAAAAAAACAAACUAUUUUGAUGCCAACACAAGCUGUUUACGAUGCCGGAAACUGAAUCCUUGCCUAUCACCACACUAUUACCACACAGAGAUUAUCAAUAUGUAAAACAUUUCCUGCUUCAAUGCCGACCAAGGUGAUAUGCUUACAAAUGUAAACAUUAUUUUUAUUAUGUUUUUCUAUGGAUAACCAUAUGACAUUUACAAAGGUACUCAUAUGCUUGAAUUCUAAAAAAUACAUUUUAGAUUUUAACUUACAGUGUUGCAAGCUCACCUACCUUAUAUAACAACAGACCACUUCAGAGGGGAUAGGUACAUGUGUCAAUGCUUUUUUUGUAUUUAUAAUCAAUACUCAGGUAAAAUAUUGAUAGCAGUACCUUUCAGACAAAUGGAUAAACAACUUGUUUUAGUUUCAUAAUGAUGCUAGUUCGAGAAAAGGCUCUGGGUUUCUUUGAAAGGAAAUACAUUUUGCCAUUGGAUUUGCUAAUAUUGGGCGAUGUAUAGGUGAAAUACACAGAGAGUAUGUCCUUGGAUUGUAAAAGUGCAAGGUAACCUGGGGUCCAUUGCCGGUACAGUAUACCUUUUCAAUGGAAUAUUACAUAACAUCCUGUUUCAGAUCCAUUGAAUACCCAAUGCAGUACAUCACCAGCAAAACCUGUUUGGAAGCCAGUAAGGUGUCUGCGGUCAAGCAUGACGGUGUUACAAAAGGCUUCACUGAGAGUGUUGUCUCAGUAGACAUGGGCAUAUACGACCAGGUGUGAUUACUGUAGUCGCUUCGUAAGAAGCCCUGGGUUUACAGGUAAAAUAAAUCUGAACAGAGAUUUUAUGUCAGAAGUCUAGUCAUGUACCUUAAAGACCGUAGCGACUAAACAACAACUGGUAGAAUGACACCUUGAAUGACCAGACCACACGGGUACAUUGUAUGUUGAUGAGAUUUUAAAUUUCAUUGUUAUGGUUGUUUUACUUUCCAUUGUGGGGUUGGAAUAGAAGACUGAUUUAUAUCAAUCAGAUAAAACUUUUAUAUACAAGGUUUGCACAUGCUUAUUUUGUAUACUUAUGAUUAAUUUCCUUUCUUUCAACACGCUGUUUAUAGAUAUAUUGUUUAACAAUGAGUAUAAUCAGGUUAUGUAUGUUAUUGUUUACUUAUUUUUCCAAACAAUUUUUUUUUUUUUGACAGAUUUAAAUAUAUAGAAGUUUUUUUUUCAAAUAUCCUAUUUUCAAGUAAUAUCCACAGCCUCUCAACGUGUUCACAUUCAUAAAACAUAUGUAAAAGUGUUUCAUCUUCUU